UUCUCUCUCUUCUCUAUCCGAAGGUCAAGUUCAAGGGGAGUUCUUUUUUGCUUCGAGUUAUAGAAUUGCCAAAUAUCUGGAUGAAAAAAGUGGAAUGUUCAACUAGAGCACAAAGCUCAUCUGCCUUCUUUCCAGUUCACAAUUUCUGCACCAAAUGGAAUACAAGAACAUGGUUUUCAAGCUAGUGAUCAGUUCAUCUUACUUACUCUUUUCUGUCAUCCUUUAUAUUCCUUCCAUUCAAUCAGUUACUGCAAUCACCUUCAACUCAAACGACACAGACCGCGAAGCAUUGCUUGCGAUCAAGGAUCAAGUACAGCUUGAUCCUUUCCAAGCUCUUAGCUCCUGGAAUGAUUCUAUUCAUUUCUGCAAUUGGCAUGGAGUUACAUGCAGACUUAGGCAUCAAAGAGUGACUGUCCUCAACAUUUCAUCACUUAAAUUGGUUGGUUCAUUGUCUCCCUAUGUUGGAAACCUUUCCUUUCUCAGGGAGGUCAACAUACAGAAUAACAAUUUCCAUGGCCCAAUCCCCCCGGAAAUUGACAGACUUUUUCGCCUCCAAUUUCUUCGUUUAACUAACAACUCCUUCCAGGGAAAACUUCUAACAAAUCUGACUCAUUUUUCAGACCUUCAGGUCAUUAAUUUACUGGGAAACAAGAUUGAAGGGGACAUUCCUGUUGAGCUUGGCAGUUUAUCUAAACUUUCUGUACUGAGUCUUGCCAGAAAUAAUUUCUCUGGAAAAAUUCCACCUUCCAUUGGCAAUCUCUCCUCUCUUACUAUACUUGGUCUAUCUAAAAACAAUCUACAUGGAAGCAUUCCUAAUGAGCUUGGAAAGCUCUCCAACUUGUCUGCCUUCCAGAUGUCUUCAAAUAAAUUGUUGGGUAUCGUUCCAGCACAGGUUUUCAACAUCUCAUCAAUUCAAAUUUUUUCAAUCACAAACAAUCAAUUGAGUGGAAAUUUUCCACCCAAUUUAGGCCUCACUCUUCCAAAACUCAAUCUGUUCUUAGUUGAUUUAAAUCAGUUCUCUGGAUCCAUUCCGGCAUCACUAGCCAACGCGUCUGGACUCGUGAAAUUAAGCAUGGGAGAUAACAAUCUCACUGGACUAAUACCCCUUAAUUUAGGAAGGCUUCAAGAUCUCCAGGUACUACAUUUUGGUCACAACCCACUUGGAAGCAAUAAGGCCAAUGAUAUCGAUUUCAUAUCCUCCUUAACCAAUUGUUCCAGCCUGCAAGUACUUAGUUUAUCCAGGAUUCAGAUUGGAGGUGUGUUACCCAGUACCAUUGGAAAUCUAUCUACCACACUCACUUCAGUGUGGCUGAAUAACAACUACAUAUCAGGAACCAUCCCGCCCGAGAUCGGGAACCUUGUCAGCUUGAGCUACCUCACUAUAGAUACUAACUUGCUCACAGGUACUAUCCCUGAUUCCAUUGGAAAACUUACCAAGAUGCAAGAGCUCUACUUGUUCACAAAUAACAUUUCAGGAGAAAUUCCAUCCUCUAUUGGCAACCUCACUCAACUAAGUAUUCUUAUUUUACAAGAAAAUUUGCUAGAGGGAAGCAUACCUUCUUCUCUUGGUAACUGCAAAGGCUUGCAAGGCUUGCAUCUUAGAUGGAAUCGCCUCACUGGUGCCAUACCUGAACAGGUUCUUGGUCUUUCUUCCCUCUCAAUUGGACUCAUGUUAGAUCACAACCAAUUAACAGGAUCAUUACCAUCACAAGUGGGUAGUUUGAAAAAUCUGGCCACGCUCGAUAUUUCAGAAAACAAACUGUCCGGUGAAAUUCCGAGCACUCUUGGUGAUUGUGUGAUGGUAGAAACCCUCUAUAUGCAAGGUAACUAUUUUGAAGGAACUAUUCCUUCAUCUUUGAGUCAAAUCAAAAGCAUUCUUGUCAUAGAUCUCUCUCGCAACAAUUUGUCUGGGCCGAUUCCAAGGUCUCUUGGAGAGUUAAAUUUGAUUAAGAAUCUCAAUCUUUCAUUUAAUAUGCUCAAGGGUGAAGUGCCAAAUGAAGGAGUCUUUACAAACAUCAGUGAAUUUUCAGUGCUGGGAAAUGAAAAGCUAUGUGGAGGAAUUAAGCCAUUGGAAUUGCCUGCAUGUCGAGGAAAAGUGAAACAAGGAAAGCUUUCUAAUCGAACAGUUGUAAUCCUUGCGACUGCUAUCCCCAUUUUUGUUGUGCUGCUACUAGUAAGUGUUUAUGCAAUUUAUCAUAUAAGAAGGUCCAAAGGACAGCAGCCCUCUUCAGCCUCAGCAGAGGAAAAACAAUUCCCACAAAUUUCUUAUGCAGACCUUCUCCAAUCCACCAAUGGGUUCUCUUCAGAAAACUUGAUUGGUGAGGGAAGAUUUGGCACUGUGUAUAAAGGGGUCUUAAUUUCCAAUGAAGAAGUUGUCGCAGUUAAGGUGCUCAAACUCCAAGAACAUGGAGCCAACAAGAGCUUCUUGGCAGAAUGCGAAGCAUUGAGGAAUGUCCGUCAUCGCAAUCUAGUCAAGAUCAUUUCAGCUUGCUCAAGCCUGGAUUACAAAGGCAAUGAUUUCAAAGCUUUGGUAUUUGAUUUCAUGUCAAAUGGGAGUUUAGACACAUGGUUACAUCCAAGUUCAUCAGAAGAGCAGCAGGACACCAGGAACCUGAGCCUAACACAAAGACUAAGCAUUGCAAUUGAUGUGGCCUCUGCAUUGGAAUAUCUCCAUCACCAUUGUGGAACACCAAUCAUUCACUGUGAUCUGAAGCCCAGCAACAUUCUUCUUGACAAUGAACUUUGUGCCCAUGUAGGUGAUUUUGGUCUUGCAAAGUUUCUUUUAGACGCGAAAGGUAAAUCCAAUAAUGCAAACAGCAGUUCAAUUGGGAUUAGAGGAACAAUUGGGUAUGUUGCUCCAGGUAAUUAUCAUUAACUCGUGUAUUGUUUCGACAAUUCCAAGAAAUCUAAUAAAGGUCUUAUAACAAAUGUAAAUGUAUCUAUGAUCCAAGCAUGUGAAUUGAUGUUGGUCCUAUCUUGGUGAUGUCAAUAGCAUCCUUUUCUAUCAUCAGGUUGAGUAUUCACCUCCAAAUGGUCUUAUCAGUAACCUCUAAAUAAAUGUCUACGCUCCGAUUUCAAGUUUGAAAGCUCUUGAUCAUUUAUCGUUUCCAAAUUUGUAGAAUAUGGCAUGGUUGGAGAGGUAUCAGCACAAGGUGAUGUGUAUAGUUACGGCAUCCUCUUACUUGAACUGUUUACGGGGAAAAGGCCUACCAGCAGCAUCUUCACAGACAAUUUCAGCCUACGCAGCUAUGUUAAGAUGGCUCUUCCGCAUCAAGUGAUUGAAAUUGUGGACCGACAAAUGCUAUUGGAAGAGGAUGAAGGGUUAAAUAAUGACAGGCAAGCUAGCCAAGGCAGCAUGGAGAGGAUCAAGAAAGUCUUGGAGUCAAUCCUUCAGAUUGGAGUUUCAUGUUCUGAUGAAAUGCCAAAGGAAAGAAUUGAUAUAAAGGAUGUUCUCAUGGAACUACAUCGAAAUAGGAAUUCACUUCUUCAAGUUACAAGAGAGAGUGGAAAAUGGAAGGAGAGAAAUUAAGUAGUAGUUCUAAAUGUAUGUUUUGUAAUCAUAUCUAAUUAUAUAUGUUUAUGUGUUCUACUCCCAUUUUUAGUACAUCUUUUCCCCAGCCCAUCCGAUAGCUGCGCGACACAAUCCCAUAC